AUGCUACAGGCCCAGAGCUUCUUUUGCCUAGGCCCACCGAUCGUAUAUGCGAAUUGGAUGCUUCGUCGACAGAACUCAUGUCUGCUGUCAGCUUGCACAGAGUCCCCUGAAGACACCAACGGUUCGGGCCUCGAAGAUCCUGUGCUUGAGAUUGGCAGUCCCAUUCAUUAUGUGGCGUUUCAUUGCUUGCACGAACUAGCCGAGCUGCUCCUGGCGCACGAAAAGCGGAAGGUCAAUGUGAAUCUGACACGAGGAAUGUACUGGACAUCACUUGAAGCCAGUAUCUCGGGCGACUGUGAGCUCGAGGACCAGCUGAAGAUGUUCAAGUUCCUCGUCAGAAAGGGCGGUAACCCGACCAUUCCCGGUGGCUCCUAUGGAAAUCUGCUCAACUGCGCGGUGGCCACUGCGUCCGUAUCAAUCUUGGAGGACAUUAUGGCGGUCUGCGAUGAUAAGGAACUCAGUGUCAAAAAUGCAGAUGUAGAGGGCAAACUCGCCUCACAUUUCGCCGCGACCGGCGCAAACCAGCGCGCCUUCGAGUUGGUGCUGCUUCCUCACCUUGAAGCCAAGGACAAGCAGGGCCGGGUUCCCAUUCACUUUGCCGCAGUAGCUGGCUCACUCCCCACGCUCAGAUUUCUUCUGGGGCACUCAGUUAACCUAAGACAGGUGGACAAAGAUAACUGGAACUCCUUGCACUGGGCCUGCCGGCAGUGGGAUACGGAAGUUGUUCGCCGCAUUCUUGAAGCGGGUGGCCGGUCUUUCGUCGACGACAAGACCGCCGAGGGCUACACGGCUGAAAAUAUUGCAACUUUGCACCAAAAACUCACUUUAUCCCGUACCUGA